UUUCUUUAACAAGAACUCAUUAAUUAAGCCUUUUCUUUAGCACCAAAGCAGACUUGUAUGUAGAGAGCAGAAAGAAAGAAAGAAAGAAAGAAAGAAAGAAAGAAAGAAAGAAAGAAAGAAAGAAGUGUUGUUUGAAAUAGCAGUUAAAAGUGGCAUCAGAGCUAGCUGUAUUUCUUCAUUAAAUUCAGAUGAUUAGCAGUCCAGUUGGCUGCACAUAGUGAGAAGAAGACCACCUUGUGCUACACAAAUGAAUUUGAUUCUGUCUGUUUCUAAGAGGUGAUAUCGUGGACUGGAAGAACGAUAGAGAAGUAGGGAAGGGAGAGAGCCAUGACCCUGAACAAUGUAACCCUGCGUCGCAGCAGCGGCAGUUGUGGUGCCUUGCAGCCUCAGCAACAACGGUGGAGUGUUCCAGCAGAUGGGAAGCAUCUGGUAGUGCAGAAGGAGCCUCAAGAGGCAAACCACCAGAAAAGGUGCACCCUCAAUCCCCAAGAGUAUUACCGCAGAAGCUGGUCAUCAGAGUCCUCCGAUUCUGUCAUCUCCUCCGAGUCGGGAAACACCUGCUACCGAGUUGUUCUCAUAGGAGAGCAAGGGGUUGGCAAAACCACCAUUGCAAAUGUCUUUGCAGGUGUGCAUGACAGCCUGGACAGCGACUGUGAAGUGCUGGGAGAAGACACCUAUGAACGAACCUUGCAAGUGGAUGGUGAAAGUGCAACAAUAGUGCUUCUGGACAUGUGGGAGAACAAGAAUGAAAAAGGAUGGCUCCAAGAUCACUGCAUGAAAGUUGGAGAUGCAUAUUUGAUUGUCUACUCCAUCACGGACCGGGCAAGCUUUGAAAGAGCAUCUGAGCUAAGGAUUCAGCUCCGCAGGGCACGCAAAACAGAAGACCUUCCUAUUAUUUUAGUGGGCAACAAAAGUGAUCUAGUAAGGUGCCGUGAAGUUUCUGUUUCAGAGGGCCGAGCCUGUGCAGUCGUGUUUGACUGUAAGUUCAUUGAGACCUCAGCAGCUGUACAACAUAACGUGAAGGAGCUGUUUGAAGGGAUUGUACGUCAAGUUCGUCUGAGAAGGGACAGCAAAGAAAAGAAUGAAAAGAGGCUGGCAUAUCAAAAGAGAAGAGAAAGCAUCCCUAAGAAGGCCAGGCGAUUCUGGGGGAAAAUUGUAGCCAGAAAAAACAAGAAUAUGGCUUUCAAACUGAAGUCCAAAUCUUGCCAUGAUCUCUCUGUCCUUUAGGAACUUGGGACACAUCCAGACAUUCAUCUGUCACAAAUAUUCUACAUAAUUUCCAGAACUGAGAAAAAUCAAUCUAUAUUAGAUUGGUCAACGAGAACUUUAAGGCUGAUCUGGAUUCACAGUUGUGACUGUUGUGAUGAUGUAUCCGUACAAUACAGUAUGCAUGCAUGGAGGAAGAAAUGUCAUGUCUCUGUUUGGUUUAUAUUUGAAAUGAAUGAGUGUACUGGAUUGGGGAGAGAAUUUUUAUGCUCUCUUAUGUGAAAGAACAUUCCAAACAAUAUAGUGAGAUGUGUCUGAGAAAACACAAGCUGUUUCCUGUGUUGCUUUUGGAUAACCAUUUAAGAGUCAUAAAAGAUUUGGAAAAUGGAGGACAUGUUUUCCUUUUUUUAAUACAUAUAUUAAUUGAAAGGGAAAUAGGUACUCUCAGAGUUGCCUUCUUCCUAAUCAAUCAGUUGCUUUUCUUAAAUGUGCACCGCUAAGUCUUAAUUGUUACAAUAUCAUCUGUCCCAGUGGCUAGAUAGAUGUCAGCAGCCUUCAGAUAAUCAGAUGUUCAGAUUAAUAGGAACACUUAGGCCUGCCACCCAUGGAUGAUGACUAUCAUGAAGUCAACACCGUCCCAAUUCUUAAAUCCAUUCGGUCUCUGGCCCACUGGUCCUGUGUCUAUUUGCAUUCUGACCAUCUUUUAAAUUGCACCUGACAUGUUGCUGUGCAGCCUGAGAUUCCGAAAGAGAAAGUGGGCAGACAUUGCAGCAGAACCUGAUAGGAGAUCCAACCCUUUCUGGCGUCUUUAUUAUCCCACCUCCUUGUCUCCUCACCUAAAACUGCUAAGUGCAACGAUGAAAGCAUGGUUGCCUCUGAAAUAAAAGCACAUAACCCCAAACCAGCAAUUGCUGAGGCACAGCAUCAUGUAAUUGAUAGGGACAUAGCCCAUUGAAGAGGCAGGGGAAAUGAUCUUAAUGUGGUGUGUGCGUGUGUACCUUUGAGUCAGUGUUGACUCCUGGCAACUGCCUGAACAAGUCCCUGCAAUU